UGAUUUUCUGCAUUCAGUAAUUUUUCAUAUAUUUUAGAACGUGAAGGUAGUUUUCGAAUAAAACAGGCUUUAAUAUUUAAUUAUUUACUAAUAUAUGGGUAGAUGAACCUGUAUAAUAACUGAGUGUAUACUUACAACGUCUUAUUCUAAUUGCAAUUGUUUGGGAUUUAUACGUCUAGUAACACUAAAUUCGAAGGCGAGUCUACUUAAGUCCAUAGCGGAUUGCUGUCAACGAAAUUUGGAUAUAUUUUGAAAAGAUUUCUAUGUUUUGUGGUAUCUAAAAAGUAGCAAAAUUGGCCAAACCCUUUGCGAAUUUGUGCGGCAUCGGGAAGUCGUACCACCGAAUAAUACACCAGAGGAAGGCACCAUCAACAAAGAUGGUGCUGUCUGUCCUGUUGCGCAGUCGCAAAGAUUCUUCACAAUCGAAUGGCAGUAUCCACCGCGGCUGUAUCGUUGUUGUAUCACCUUGAUAAACUCUGAUUGUCAAACCAUACAUUCGUAUGAGAUGCUGCUGGAUUCGGAACAGAGAGUCGGUGGUAUUAUUACACGAAGAAGUGCUUAAUUACCACAUAAUUACAUUUCUUCUUUUUCACAUUGAGAUACCUUGUUUCAGGUGUUUUACGACUGAAAGCGGUUCUAGUGUUAGUAAGAACGUCGAUAUCCGAAAAUCAAUCAAAAAAACGCCAUUGUUAACAUCACAAUACAUAGCGAAUUCUCAAUUGAAAGCUUCUUUAAAAAAGGAAAGUGGCUACCCAUUCUGCAGUGAAAUCUCUGAAAAUGUAGACAAUACAAAUCAGUAUUCAGCACAAUAUUCAUAUCAUUACCAUUGUUACGGUCACCAACAGCAACAUCUAAUACAGAAUUCAGAGACUGUUUCUAUAAAACCAUCAAGUACUUCGUCAUCACACUUUUUACAUCGCUGGAGGAAAAUACAUAAACCUAUACUGCGCUUAGAAAAUAAACAGAAUAUUUUAAAUAGGGUUCUACAGGAUUUUUUAGGCAGCUCAUUAAAUACAAAUAAUGAACAAAUUCAAAUCAGUAAUUCUAGUAAAUCAAGCAGUAUUGGGUACAGAAAGAACAUAACCGGCAGCAAAAGAGCAGUUACCGGAUGCGGCGGCACUGACACCGAAUCUCAUAUAGCAAAGGAACUUAACAGACAAUCGAAAAUUUCAAUUCCACAAAGUCCAAAUCGUCUGGCUUCAACAGUGCAAUCGAGUUAUUUCAAUGGUGCUUUUUUGAGUGCUACUUCUAAACAAAAUUCUAAUACAUCACCAAGUUCUACGCCAUUGUUAUCAUCGGCAUCUAUCUCAAUCAUAGGAAGCUCAACACGUAAAACUUGCUCUGGCCGGACUGAACAAUUUGUUGGUAUAUCAGAUCAUUUGCCAAUCGAUCUUAUAAAAACAAAAUCGCCAUCUACUAAUUUUGCCUAUUCUAAUUUCAACCAAAGAGAUAAAGAGUUUGACAACAUAUAUAACAAAGGAACAGAUUACACUACAGAGAUUAAAAACCUAGCAGAGGUCGUUAUGGAUGAUACAAAGAAAACAAAUGAGACUUUAUCAGCUUCCGCUAUUCGUCGCGUAGGCACCACUUCAUAUGAAGAUAGUAAAGAAAAAUCGACAAAAAUCACUCAAAAAUUGGAAGUGAAUGUAGAUGGGUCGGAGAGAAAUUCUUCGUCGGGUAUUUUGAUGUCAUCUUCAGACACCGUUCUUAUUACGCCACCAAUUUGUACAGCGGUUCAAAAGUUUUAUCCAAUGCGUUUCAUCAGAAAAAAUGUCGAGCAGUCUGCUAAAAAUAUCAAUGCCAAUUAUCUGGAGUUUGAAACGGAAUUUCCGCGUGACUAUGAUGAUAAUAUUGAGAUGCUUUCACGUGAAGCUGAACAUUUGGAGAAACAGUUUCGAACUCCUAGCCGUACUAGCAACUCAGAUGUUAAAAUAUCUACGCCAACUAGUUUAGGUGAAAUAAUCCCUGCUGAGCCGCAAAUCUUUAAGGUAAAUACUAUUGUAACAACGGCUACCGGAAAGCGUGUAGGUUUCAAAGUUGAAGAAAAAAUUGAGGAACAUAUUGCUGAGAGUAGUAUAAUUCAAAAGGCUACUUUGAAAAGCGCGGGACGCGCUAGCUUUGAAGAUGUAGUACCAGUCCCCGUUACAACAUCUACAGCAGUCGAAGUGAUACCUGCAAGUUCAUCCAAAACUACAACUCAUACUCAAUCAACAAUCACAACUACAAAAAGUACGCAUAAGGAUGAUGAUGAUGAACCGGUAGCUAUGUCACCUUGCGGACGAUUUUUUAAAUACGACAAGGAAGUGGGUCGUGGGUCGUUUAAAACUGUUUAUCGUGGAUUGGAUACUGAAACUGGAGUAGCUGUUGCAUGGUGUGAACUAUUGGAUAAACAAGUCAAAAAGAGCGAACGCAUGCGGUUCCGUGAGGAGGCAGACAUGCUAAAGAAAUUGCAGCAUCCAAAUAUAGUACGCUUUUACACUUACUGGGAAAAUUCAGUUUCUCGAAAAAAGAACAUUGUUCUAGUCACAGAAUUAAUGCUAUCAGGAACGUUAAAAUCAUAUCUUAAACGUUUUAAGAAGAUAAACCCAAAAGUACUAAAGUCUUGGUGCAGACAAAUUCUAAAGGGGCUGCAUUUUCUUCAUACCCGCCCGUUGCCCAUUAUUCAUCGUGAUCUAAAAUGUGAUAAUAUAUUUAUAACUGGCACAACUGGGAGUGUAAAAAUAGGAGACUUGGGACUAGCAACUUUGAAAAAUCGGUCUCAUGCGAAAUCAGUGAUUGGAACCCCUGAAUUCAUGGCCCCUGAAAUGUACGAAGAACACUAUGACGAGUCAGUAGAUGUCUACGCUUUCGGUAUGUGCAUGUUGGAAAUGGCUGUGUCGGAGUAUCCAUACAGCGAGUGUAAGGGUCCUGCGCAGAUUUAUAAGAAAGUAAUUUCGGGUAUAAAACCUGCAGCACUGGCAAAAGUGGAAGAUCCUAAAGUCCGUGAGAUAAUUGAGAAAUGCAUUGAGCUCAAAAAGGAGUGCAGGCCAAGUUGUAAGGACCUUCUUGACUCCGAGUUUUUUGAAGAAGACAUCGGUAUACGGGUUGAGCCAACCGCCACUGAGACGUUCUUAAGUAAUCCUGAAAAUAACAUUAUAGAGUUUCGACUUCGAUUUCUCGAUCCUAAAAAACGAUCGUCCAAACAUAAAGAAGACGAAGCUAUUCAAUUCGAAUAUGAUAUAAAAAAAGACGAUUGUGACCAAUUAUGUCAGGACAUGACCAAAGAAAAUAUUAUUACUGAGGAAGACUCGCGAGCUGUUGUCCGAAUGUUAAAAUUACAAGUUUUUUCGUUGAUGAAGGAAAGAAUGCAAAGACAAAGUCAGUUACAGUUGCAAAAUGAGAAAUCGAGGUUGGAAAAAUUAGCACUGCAAAAUCAAAGAGAAAUGUUGCCGCCUAAUGUUGAAGAAGAGGAAGACGAAGAUGAAGAAGGAGAAUCGGAAGAAGAAGAUGAAAAUUGUAAGUGGAAUCAACAGCUCAAGUCUAAAACUGACGCAUUGACUGAGGGAGAUUCAAUUGUUUCUGGGGAAGGCAUCAGGAAAACUGAUCACGAAAACUCUAUUGACAACUCUACUACUGCUGAUGCGUCCUCACUUGCGUUCCAGCAACAGCAAACCACGUCGGGGCAGAGCUAUUACCAACAACAGAAUUCACAAAUUUUGCCAACUCAAGCAUUGGGUUCCUCCGGAACUAGACAAACCGCGGUUCAUAUCAUUCAGCAACCUCAAAUGCAAUCUUUUAAAAAUUCGCAGACGACACCUGUACAAGAUAUCGCAACUUUGCAAGUUGUAUCACCAACCGCACAAGCUAAUUUUCCCUUAAAUAACUCAGGACAAAACCUUAUUAAUCAAAAAGUACCUAUUUCUAUACCACUCCCAGUUACACCAUCAGUAUCGGUUUCGAAUUCUGGGUCGGUUCCUGCCCCACAAUCACAAAAUAUUCAGCAGCUGGUACAGAAACAGCAUAUAACGCAACAAUUAAUAAAACAGCAGCAGUUGGUGCAACAGAAACAGCAAACAAGCCAACAACAGCAAGUGGUUCAACCCAUUGCACAAUACCAACAAUCGUGUCAAAAAGUUAACCAUCAGACUAUAAUGCAGCAACAGACAGCUCAAAUCGAGCAGCACAUAAACCAGCAACAACAAAGGUCCCAGCAGUUGCCCCAGCAAAAUUUGCUUAUACAGCAACAAGUUGCACUUCAACACCAGGCAAGUCAUCAAUCACAAGCUAUGCAACAGCAGAGGCUUAAUCAGCAGCAAAUUAAUAAUACUCAACAGUUAUCUCUGCCUCAGGGUACUUAUCAGCAGCAAGCAACUAAUCAGCAGCAAGUAAUUCAGCAACAGAAAAUACCGCCGCAGAGGAUGGUGCAUCAAACUCCAAACCAAUUGGUGCAGCAACAAAUUUCUCAACCGUUUGUUACUCAAACGACAGUCCCUCAACAACAGCAACUACAAAUGCACACUCAGCAACUAUCUCAAUUUCAACAAGUACAAUCUCCUACAGCGCAGCAAAAGCCAAUGUCUUCCUCGACUGCUCAGACUUCCCCGACCUUUGCUCCAAUGCAGCAUGUUGCUAAUGAUGUUUUUAAUCUUGCUACGGGUAGUCCCCAAUAUACUGACCCUCCUGCAAACAAUAAUACUCAAUUACUUACUGAAGAAAAGCAAGGAAUUCGGUUUCAAAAGACUAGACGAUCGAACCGAAUUGGUAAUGAGCGUGCUCCAAAAUUAAGCGUUACUGGAAUAGAUCAUGGUACUGUAAUUAACUGUCAUAUGGAGAAUAAACCGAAAACAAUAACUUUCAAAUUCGAUAUACGUGACGUGAAUCCCACCGAAGUUGCUAACAAACUGAUUGCUCAAGAUCUUUUAUCCCUAAACCAAUCCGUUGUAUUUGUGGAAAUGAUUAAUGAUAUAAUACAGCAAGUUAAAUUAAAUCCUAAUCGGAUACCAGUACCAUCGUAUCGUCGUAGUAUUGAAAAGGUCCGUCAUGCGUCCUUAACCCGUCAGCGCCCCGCAUUCAGAACUCAUCAAAGGCAUAGAUCACGCGAUGAAACUUCGAGUGACUUGUCUAAAAUGUUUGAGGUUACCGUGCUGGCUGCCGAGCCAUUUUCCUCAAGCCUCGGCGUCGGCUCUGUUAUAAAAAAUAUCUGUGUGCAACCAACUUCUACUCAACCACCAUCUCUUUUUAAUUCAACAAGCGGGGAAAACGAUAUCGGUCAACAACCAUCUCAAGGCUUAUCACAUCCUGCUGAGAUAAUAAUAGGAGACGGUAAUCCUUAUAUCUCCUCAACUGCUGCUGCAGCGGCAACUUCAAUGUCCUCAUCUACAACAACUACAACAUCAGAAACACCUAACAAUAGCAGUGAGAAUGUCAUUGGAUCUGGAACAGCUUCUCGAAAGACUAGCACUGCAUCUGAAUACACAUCCCUAUCGUCUGAUUGCACACCCGACAAUACAAUUACAUCGUCUACAUCGGCUUUUGCAAUGGAAAAUCCACCUAAUGAUAUUUAUGACCAAGAAAUUUGUAAUGAAGUGGUGGGCUCUCUACCUCAAGCUGCAACUGAAAUCGCAUUUCACAAGGCUCAAGAUAAUGUUGAAUUAGCGGAUAUCUCUCAGUUGGAAACGUUUGGAGAUGACAAACAUUCUGAAAUAUCACCUAAUGCUGAACAUUGCGCGGAGAUAGACAAUACAGCUUCACAAGCACCAGAUAAGACUAAAAACAUAGGAGAGAAUGAUGAUGACGUUGAAAAUAAAAACGAUGGGAUGGGGCCGACAAUCGCUGCGCCUGUGACACGAAAAAUAUCGCGAUUCCUUGUCAAUCCAGUAAUCUCAUCAUGUGGAGAUGGCAUAUUGGAAGUAACUACAAUGACACAAGUUCAUCAAAAUGCCUUUAAUGCUGAAGGAGAGGUUGAACUGAGAACAAGAGCUUCAGGACCUCCCACAGAAGCCCAGCGAUAUAAUGUAGGCACGCUUCCCGAUUCUUGUGAUAGCGCGGUAUCGUGUGAGGAUAAUAAUAAUAUUUUGUCGAAUGGUGCGAAUACCGCAAUAAUAACGACGGCAGCACCAUUACAAAUCACAAAUUCCAACACUCAGACGAUAAUAUUAUCAGCCCCUGCGGCAAAUAAUUCAACCAGUAACACUUUGGAACAGUUAAAAAUAGAAUUAGAAAAUAUUACACAUGCUCAUGCUUUUGCUACGUCUGUUGUAGCCUCACUCAAUAACGCUAAUGAACAAAACAAUUUGCAGCCAAUGGCACAACCACCUAUUACAGCGAUAUCAUCACCAGCGCCUUCACAGCAACAACAUCAAGAAGAGGUUAGCAAACCAUCGCAAACAACAUCUGCACAAUCCUUUGGUCAAAGUACACCAACAGGCAUUUUAAAUUCAGCUCGUGGCUCUUCUGUUUACAACUCGCGUCGUACAUCUCUUGACACAAGUGGAGGCUCCGAGUUUCAGCAUCUUACUACAAAUGUAAUUGAAGGAGUUGAAUCAUCGUACCAAGUUCCUGGUGCCCAUGUACGCACCAGCAGUGAUGCUGCUUCGUGCACUUCAGCCCACACCCCUAUUGACAUACACCCGGAAGUUGGCGGCGUAGGUGGAAGUACAUCCAGUGUAAGCGCCGGUACCGGGCAACCUGAGUGCGCUGCACCUCAUCGCCAAACUGGGGGCCUUACAAAAAAUUCACUAGCUGAUCUGGAGAAAAAAUUAGCCGCUUUACGAAACGUCGAUUUGGCGGACGAGGCAAGAGGUGUUAUUUCAGCCCAAAAUGCAACUAAUAAAUUUCCAGAGGACCAGCGUAAUGCGAGAAAAAUAUCGCGAUUCAGUGUUAGUAGAGUACAAGAACAAAAGGGUGGAGGCGGAGGUAGCAGUGGAAAUACUACCGAUGUUCCAACGACUCCUCCAAUUUGUGUAGAAUCGCAAAAACUACGUAUCGAUUUACAAGCAAUUGCUCAACAACCUGUCGGUCAAAAUAUAGUUAGUCUCGUAAAUACACCAACCGAAGCUAUUCAUACCCCAGGACAAUAUGUUGCUAUCAGUAGUGCAGUUAAUAGUUGCGUAAAUAGCGCCAAUUCGGGGCAGCAGCUUAUGUAUCCUCAAUCACUCCAACAACAUAAUCUUACGCAAUUACAGCUUAUUCAGCCUACGCAACCUUAUAUGCACCAACAGAUUCCUAAUCAGAUAUUACAACAUCAACAAUACUUGCAGCAGUUCCUUUUACAGAAGCAAGCACCUACACCAACAUUGCAACCACCGCUACAUAUUCCUCCUAGCUUCAACCCACUACACCAAAACUUUCAAAUAUUACAACAGCUGAAAACACCUCUUCAGCAACAGCAGCAGCCGCAGCAAUCACCUAUAAUUUUGCAAAAACAACAAAUUUCUCAGCAAACGGCAAUUCAGAGUCAUGCUCAGAUCCAAACGCAUCCAUCUCAGCUAUCUCAAGUAUCAAAUUGUCAACAUACAACAGUUCAGCUGCCAGGGUUAAAUUCUCAGGCUCAAACUCAACAAGUUCAAAGUAUAGCGCAAGUGCAUCAAGUUAGUAAUCCACAACAACUUCAAAAGACACAAACUCAAGAUCAGCAGCAUAUUCAAAACAUUCAACAUAUUCAGAACCAGGGGCAAGCUCGGAGCCAGCAGGUAAUUCAGAACAACCCGCAAAUUCAAAAUCAACAAGUUCAAAAUCAGCAACAAAUUCAAAAAAAAAUUCAAUGUCAACAGUCAAUUCAUAACCAAGCGCAACCGGCUUCAAGUCCCCAGCAGCAACAACCUCAAAAUACUGUGCAGCAAGGUGCACAACAGCAUAUUACAUCUCAGGCGUCACAGUCUUCUACAUAUUCUGAUGCUUCGGUACUAAUGCCCAUCUCAACUGAGGAGCCAGUUUCCCUAGCUGCAACUCAUCCGCACUUGCUACCUACUGUAAUACAAUCUGAUAUUAAGCACAACCUAGAUUCAUUGGUGAAUCAGCUGGGAAAUUUGCGGCUUAGAACGAAUCAACAUCAGCGGCUUCUUUUACUAAGACAACGCCAAUUGAUUGAAGAAGAUGAACUACGCCUUAAGCACUAUGUUGAGUACGAAAAAUUCCAAAAGACAUUGCGCCAAUCUGGGGAAACUCAACAUCAGGUAUUGUAUGUUCAACCUACAACUUCACAACAUGCAUUUUCCAGUUUGGGAUCGGGGAACUUUUUGCCUCAGCUGCAUGGUAUAAAACCUAUUACGAGUCUACAAUCCACAUAUGCAAUAGGAAUCAAUCAAACUCAACCGGUUCAGCAGCAAGUUCUUUCACAACUAUCUAUGCAGCAACAACAAGCCCAACCACCCCAGGCUAUUCAAAUGGCUCAAUACUCAAAUCAAGCAACUGCCAAUUCAUCAACAACAUGCAGUAGUAAUAGCCAGGAACAACAUGCCCAGCAACACCAAAAUAUACACAAAAUAGUGCCCCAUUUCUUGACCAAUAGUGGAAAUAAUAUGCAAUAUAUCUAUUUCAACAACAUAUCUCUCUCUACGUGUGUGAGGUAAAUGCUUUAAACUAUAUAUGCGGCAGUUGCGUAGUGAUUUUCUAAAACAGUGUGCUUAAAACGAGAUUUCUCCUCUAAUCAGCCCAAAUUACCUACUCACGUCCAUACCUAUCAGGAUGUCGUAGCCACCCUAUGUCUAACUACAUAUAUAGAAUAAAUUUCUGCCUUCAUGCUGUCAAGGCCCACCCAUACCAAGCAUUGCAUCGCAUGGCAUUACAACUCUACGAUCGUAAAGCUAAAAUGUCUAUGGGCAUCGCCGGUAAAUUUUACCCGGGUUGAGACUUGAGGACUAUCUCAAUAUUUAAUUUAAUUUCUCUACGACAGAUGGAGUUGUAAGCGAAAAAGUAAACAAUUUCAGAACUUCUGAAAAAGCGUGUUAUGAUUAUGGCCAAAAGUAUUUGGGAGCAUGGGGUGUAAGCUGUGUUUUCGUGCAAACUUGAAAGCAUAAUAUUUAAAGGUAUUAUUAACUCUAUAACAUGGUCCAUUCGUUGAUAUCAUGAUUGUGGUUAUAAUGUCCGACUCACUCAUUUACACUACUUCGAAUUUUGCAAAGAUUAAGAUUAAUUAAAGAAUAUAAUCUGUAGAUCGCCUAAAAAGUAAUUUCUCAACGUCUGAUAAAGUUUAUCAGAAAAGUUGGCAGCUGUGCCCUAUUGACCAACUACUUCUUAUGAGCAUUUAACAAAUUAUCAAAGUUGUCCAAAGUUAUAUGUUUGACCAAUUUGAUAAGUGAAAGUCACUCAACUGAGUACUGAUAAGUAAAAUAUACCAAUUUGAUAAGUGAAAGUCACUGAACUGAGUACUGAUAAGUAAAAUAUAUAGUAUAU